AUGUUUUCCAGUGAAUUCUAUCACUCACCAGGCGACUCGUUCGUUCGUCACAGGCAGCUGAGUGAUUCCAUUCCGCGAAGUUGGAGGGUACCAUCGCCAGCAUCAGCACCUUUUGUCGUUGAUCUUACGCACUCUGAUGGUGGUUCGGCUCCGCUAAAGUCUGAGACAACCCCAUCAGAUACCGCACCUGCGUCCACUCUUCCAGGCUGGCUUCCUGGCACACCGAGUCCUGCUUCAGUCUACAGUUCUCCUGCAAGCGAAAGAUCCAGCAUCAGCUCAGGAGAAGGACGUAGUCAUUUAUCACCCCUUCCUCCAAAUCAGUACCUAGGCAGAACGCCUUUCCCAUCCGAAUUCAUUUCUCGGGAUCUUGAACCAGCAAAGUCAUCUUCAAGACUGGUCCAAAGGAGUCCCUCGCAAGCUUUAUCACAAAUAUCACAGUACUAUUUACUGAAGAUGUUGGGCAUUAGGGCGUCAGAUUCUUCAUUAUUAUCUCAGUCCAUGCAUCCCGGAUCAGUGGCAUUUUUGACGACCAACAUGGCACAUAACUCUCAGAAUUACGGCUGGCAAAACAGGCCACCCCAGCCCCUUCAUCCCAGUUCAAUGCCUAUGGAUCAGCAGUCAUAUCCCCAGGCACACACACUUCCACCACAGUCUGGUUACCCAGCAGCAUACCCGCCUCAGCAUGCCACCUCUCAAAGUUACUACCAGCCAGGACUCCCGUCUACACAUUACCUCACCUCACAGCCAGGUGUGCCCCAGAGCCGGCACCAGCCUCGAAGUUCUUCCAUUCCCUAUCCUUAUCCCAGUGCUUCCGUAUCUGGCAGUCCACCCACCAUGCCAGAUCCCUCUUUUACAUCAACACCACCUUCAUACCUAGUCAACCAACCAGAUUACUACCUAACGCCGAACUCUUCACUCUCGCAAACCCCCAAUUCUAUACCUCAGCCACAUAACCUGAUACCACCAGGAACAGUGUAUUCCUCUCCCGAGUCCGCUCCCAGUUCCUCAGAUCCAGAUCAAGUACGAGUGCUCAGUUUUCGGCCAAAACCUCAAUGUUGGGAUCACGGAUGCAACGGGCGUGAAUUUUCUACCUUCAGCAACCUGCUCCGCCACCAACGAGAAAAGUCGGGGGUGGUCGCCAAAGCCGAGUGUCCCAUUUGCGGUGCUGUAUUCACACGCACUACUGCCAGAAACAUCCAUGUUGCCCAGGGGAAGUGCAAGGGGGUAGCAAGGGAGCCGUCUGCCGAAUAA